AUGGCCCAACAACUACCUGUUGAAUUAUGGACGCAAAUCCACUGCCUGGCAUGUACCGACGACGGAUUUGCUGGGCGGGCCCUUUCUCGUGUCUCGAAGGAUUGGCGGUCAAUAUCUGCCCCAUUCAAAUUCCAGUCUAUCGCACUCGUAGGCGCCAGACCCAUUCUACGAUUUGUUGCUCUCCUGGAUGCGACCCCUGAAGCUAACGUCGAGUCGCUGUUUGUUGGCUGUGCGCGUCCCCGGCCAUGGCUUACGGAGCGCCUCAUACUACAGGAAGAGCGGGCGCGGGGUCUGGUCUUUAGUGAGCGGCUCUUUCCCGAACUUGGCAUCUCUCCCGAGACAGAGUGGGUCGGUAUAAGCAUGGAAGCCAUCGAGUCGAGCGUGCAAAGAAUAUUGACCAUUCUGGCCGGGACGCUCGCAACUCUUCAUGUGCACGUUUAUUACCCCCGCCCAAGCCCACUCUUCUACAAGCUCAAGUUUCCGCGCUUGCGGGUGCUUGUCCUCCACGGGGUAUUUGGCAUCUCUACUAACAUGGGCAGCGUGGACUCUCUCCCAGCGCUGCGAUAUCUACGGCUAAGCGGCUCGCCGACCCCUGGCCAGACCAUCAAGCCGAGCGUAUUGCUCAAUUUGAUUGCGAAUGCCGCACCGUGUUUGAUCAAGGUCCAUUUGACCCAAUCAGCACUAAGCGCAGAGUUGAGUGUGGUGACGCGCGAUUUGCAGGAGAGCAUUGGAGAGGACGACAUUGAGAAGGAUAGAGAAGGUCAUUAUCGAGCUGGAAAAGUCAAGGAGCCGAUCACCGAUGCCGGGUCAGCAAACUGGCCGUGA